UGUAGUAAACGUGCAGGUAGACUUGGUAUGCACUCAAUUUUACUUCCACAUCCCACAACCACUUAUAUUAAAGUCCCCAACUGCCCACCAUUACUAGCCACCUCUUUAAAAAGUUAAUAAAAACCUUGUCCCACAUUCCCAAUUCAACAACCAACUCAAGAAUUCAAAAAUCAGAAGAAAAAAAUGGCAGAUGAUUCUUCAGAACCACCACUUCCCAAUUCAAUGACUAGCACCAUGAAUCCAUACGAACUACUGGGAAUCAUUCACAACCCUACUACUGAUACUCUCACUAGAAACUCUCCCAAUCCGAUCACCAAUUCAAAUGAUGAUCCAGACACCAAAGACAUUGAGUUAAACCCCAAAAACAAAACCUGGAUCAGAAUUUUCAGACCAUCCGAAUCCCAACAUAACCAUGAACAACUUCUUCCACUGAUAAUUUACUUUCAUGGAGGUGGGUUUAUCCUACGUAAUGCAAAUUCAACGAUUUUCCAUAACUUCUGCAAAUCCAUGGCGAAUCAGUUAUCAGCUAUAGUACUCUCUGUAGAGUAUCGUCUCGCGCCAGAGAACCGAUUACCAGCGGCCUACGAAGAUGCUGUAGAAUCACUAAUUUGGGUCCAAAACCAAGCUUUGGAUACCAUAAAUGGUGAACCAUGGUUGAGAAAUUAUGGUGAUUUCUCCGAAUGUUUCAUUAUGGGGUGUAGUGCAGGAGGAAAUAUUGCUUAUAAUUCAUGUUUAGGACCAUCAGAAUUGGAUUUAGAACCAAUGAAGAUUUGUGGGUUAAUAUUGAACCAACCAUAUUUUGGUGGAUUAGAAAGAAGUGAAUCUGAAUUGAGAUUGGUUGAUGAUAAGUAUGUGCCUUUAAUUGUGAAUGACUUGAUGUGGGAAUUAGGAUUACCAGUUGGAGUCAAUAGAGAUCAUGCUUAUUGUAAUCCAUUUGUUGUUGGUGUUGGUGAUAAUUUAGAGAGGAAAUUAAGGUUUAUAAAAAAUGUUUAGUUACUUGUAGUAAUGAAGAUCCUUUGGUAGAUAGGGAUAUUCAGUUUGUGAAGAUGAUAGAAGAAAAUGGUGCGAAAGUUAUGAGUUGGAUCGAGGAAUUUGGAUUUCAUGGAAUGGCACAUUCUGAUCCAAUAAAAGCUCAAGAAUUGCUUAAAGUUGUUAAAGGUUUCAUUUUGUCUGAAUGUUGAAUUUACUGUCAUAUUGUGUAUUGCUACUUCGGGUGCUAUAAUAAAACGGGUAUCUCUACGGAACUUGCUUUGAUUUGAUUUCA